AGGUUUAAUUGCUUGUAGUGGUUAUAAAGUAAUUUAAGAUGUUUGUGCUACUCGGUUUUAAUUCUCUAAUUGACUAUAUUAAGAGGCAUCGUUUUAACUUGGGAAUGGUUAAGUGGCCAAAGCAUUAACUUAUUUACGGAUAAGGGCUGUUUUGUAUGACUACUGUUGGCCUGCAACUUAAACUUGCAUCUUUUAUUUUUUUAUCCUAUGCUUUUUCUGUGUUAUGGCUGCUGCAACAAUAGUUCAUGAUACAUCAGAAGCCGUAGAGCUCUGUGCUCCCUGUGGGCUAUACCUUAAACCCAUUACAAAAAUGACCAUCAGUGUGGCACUUCCUCAGCUGAAGCAACCGGGAAAGUCCAUUUCGAACUGGGAGGUGAUGGAAAGGUUGAAGGGGAUGGUGCAAACCCAUCAGUUCUCCACGCUGCGGAUUUCUAAAAGCACAAUGGAUUUCAUCCGGUUCGAAGGAGAGGUCGAGAACAAGAGCUUGGUGAAGUCUUUUCUGGCAUGCCUGGAUGGCAAAACCAUAAAGCUGAGUGGCUUCUCUGACAUUCUGAAGGUGCGUGCUGCGGAGUACAAGAUUGACUUUCCCACCAGGCAUGACUGGGACUCGUUUUUCCGUGACGCUAAAGACAUGAAUGAGACUUUGCCUGGGGAAAGGCCAGACACCAUUCACCUGGAGGGCUUACCUUGCAAGUGGUUUGCAGCAAAGGAGUCUGGCUCAGAAAAGCCGAGUGAAGAAGUUCUUAUAAAAGUGUUCCAGAAGUUUGGAGAAAUCCGUAACGUGGACAUACCCAUGUUGGACCCUUACAGGGAAGAAAUGACUGGCAGGAAUUUCCACACUUUCAGUUUUGGAGGCCAUUUGAACUUUGAAGCAUAUGUUCAGUAUCGAGAGUAUGCAGGUUUCAUCGAGGCCAUGAAUGCCCUGCGAGGGAUGAAGCUGAUGUACAAAGGUGAUGAUGGCAAAGCAGUGGCUUGCAAUAUAAAGGUUUCUUUUGACUCCACAAAACACCUCAGUGAUGCAUCAAUUAAGAAGCGUCAGCUUGAAAGGCAAAAGCUUCAAGAGCUUGAAAAACAGAGAGAAGAACAAAAACGUAAAGAGAAAGAAGCUGAGGAAAAACAAAAAGAGGAAGAAAGAAAGCAGAGAGAGCUUGAAGAGUAUGAGAGAGAGAGGAAAAGAGAAGAAAAGUUGCGCAAGAGAGAACAGAAACAGAAAGAUCGUGAAGUUCGACGAAACAAAAAGCAACUUGAAAAGCUUCAAGCUGAAGAACAGAAAAAACUGCAAGAGAAGAUAAAGCUAGAAGAAAGGAAGCUCCUGUUAGCUCAGAGAAAUCUUCAGUCCAUUAGAUUAAUUGCAGAGCUGCUAAGCAGGGCAAAGGCGGUAAAGCUUUUGGAGCAAGAACAGAAUGAAGAAAAGAUUUGUCUUCAGCAGCUAGAGGAGAAACGAAGGCUCCAGGAGGCUGAGCUUAAACGUGUGGAAGAAGAAAAAGAGAGAGCACUGGGGCUGCAGAGAAAAGAAAAAGAACUGAGGGAGAAACUACUGAACAAUCUUCUGAGCAAGAAAAUGGAUGCAGUUAACCAAAACAGAGAAGAAACCGAAGCAUCUCAGUCUGAUGUGCUGAAAAACCCUAGUGGUGUUCCCCACACUGUGUCAUCCAGCUGCAUCACUUCUACCUCAGGGCAGGCUCUCACAGGCAAACUGACUCCUGGCACUCAGAUAGAAGUAGCAUCCCCUGAAAGAAUAAAUGUUCAAUGCAAGUACUUAAAUGGUAACAUACAUGACAAAGUUCAUGUCAAAGAAGAUCAGAAUCUUCAUACUACAAACUCUGAGAGGUGUUCUGAGAAAAGAGGCUUGGGAGUACUUUCCUGUGUUCCUGCCAAUAACCAGGAGCAGAAGAGCCCCUCUCACUAUGACAGGAAUACUUGCAGGAAGGACUUGCACUGUGAGCAGGACAAACGUAGCUCAGAGCCAAGGAGAAGAAAGAGCCGUUCAUGUAGCAGCAUAAACAGUGAUGAGAGUAAGGGUAAACGAGAGAGAAGCAGACACAGAAGAGACGUGAGUUACCGGGAUGAAAAGCACAGGAAAGAGAGGAGGUACUACAGACACUCUAGCAGGAGUUACAGCCCUCGGCGCAGUCGGAGCCCUCGUCGGAGGAGUGUAAGCCCCAGACACUCCCGGUACAGGAGAACUCGCAGCAGGGAACGCAGACGAGACAGGAGAGACAGAAGUCGCAGUCGCAGAAGUGUGAGCAGAAGGCGAAGGUACCGGAGGUGA